ACAGUAAACCCAAGGCUGUGGUCUGUGGCUGCGUGACCUUGACGUACAGAACACUACAGGAGUUUUGCGUGUGUGUCAGUGUUGCCAGCCAAGACCACCAGUGUUACCAGAUGAAAGGGAGAUGCCUAGAGAGACGCUAAGUGGAUGAAAAGUCUCCUCCACCUUCUCCCCCAUUGCUCCAUCCACACUCGCCCUGCCACGACCCUCCACCGACCACCAGGAGGGAACAUGAGUCGUCCAGGUCGUCUUAACAAGGCGCUGAGUUGACGUGAGUGGGCAGAGGAAGAAGAAGUAGAAGAAGAGGAAGAGGAAGAGGAGGAGAGGGAAGGAAGAUCUGAGCUGCGGAUAAGGAAUUUGUCACAGCAUUGAGGGAUGUGAAGAAAGCAGUGGAUGACAUACACCGGGAAGUGAGUGCCACGAAUGAAGUGUGUGUGGACGUGAAGUCUCGACUCCAGGCCACAAAAUCAGACUCGGCACCUCAUCCACCAGACGACCUCACUCCAGAACCGGAGCAACAAGCUACACAUGCAGGAGACAGUGGCUGAGGCAUUUGUGAGGUGCUUCCAAUUGACACCAGAUGAGGUAGCCACCAUCAAGGGGUCCACCAGAGAGUCUCCCAUCACCCCAGAGUUCUUUACCAUCUUGGACAAGACACAGAAGAUACGCAGCAACACCAAGUACCUCCUGCAGACGGGCCACCAAAACACUGCCUUGGACGUGGUGGAGCAAAUGAAUGUGUGCCGUGAAGCAGGUCUGGAGAGGCUGUACCGCUGGUGUCAGGGGCAGUGUUGCUCCCCAGACCCCUCACCUUUGCUCACACAAGCCUUAGCAGCUCUGCAGGAGAGACCAGUGCUCUUCAACCUGGUGGUGGAGGAGUGGGUGGUGGCGGUGAGACGAGGAUAGCUGGUGAGGGGCUACCUGGAUGCUCUCACCAUAGGAGGACCUGGAGGAGCACCACGACCCAUACAGCUGCAGGGACAUGACGCCCCCCCCUGCGCUACGUGGGGGACAUGCUGGCAUGGGUGCAUCAGGCCCUCCCUUCUGAACGUGAGGCGGCCCAAUCACUUUUUGCCAAGUGCUCCAAUCUAGACCCAACAGAGCAGACAAGGAGUACUGUGGCUAGCAUAUCGGAGAGUGUUUGCCGUCCUCCUAGAACCAGAAUUGAGCAGACGAUUGUGACAGACCAGCGUCAGGAGGGAGGCAAGAAACCCGUCAUGUUGUACAAGAUAAGCAACCUCCUCAGAUUCUAUCACAACACUGUUUUGCAGGUGACUGAUGCAGGACUGCUGGUGGCCACUCUUGAUGAACUCCACCAGCUAAGCUACAAGAUGUUUUUAUAUCAGCACUGCAGAGUCAAGUGAGCCAUGUGAGUGAGAGGAUAGAGCCGCCAGGAGAGACACUGGCACCCACACCUGGAGUGGCACGCACCCUGAGUCUGCUCACUGAGGUGGUUACUGCCGCCACUGUGGCUGACGACGCACACCAUGAUUGUAAGCAGAUUGUGAGUUGUGUGGUGGAUCCUCUGAUGAAUGCGAUAAGUGAGAGUGCAACUGGACUGGGUGCAGUGGAGUCUGCUGUGUAUCUGCUCAACUGCUUCCACCAGCUGCACUCUACACUUUCCCUCCUCCACACCACUGGGGAUAAACUAGAGAUGAUCCAGGGACAGAUUGACGCCCAGCUGGACACACUGAGCCAGGAGCAGAUCAAUGGGGUGUGUGUGUCAUAGCAUGGGAGUGGCCACCAUGUACCCACUGAUCACCAACCCUCCCACCACACCUCUCUCCCAGCACCCAUCGUGUCAGCCUUUGGCCAUACAGGCAUUCAUGACCAAGCUGGAUGGGUUCCUGGCUGCCCCUGACCAUCUCAUGCUGCCCCACACCAGGCUGCUGCUCUCCUCUUCCUUCAGACGGUCCCUGCAACAGCGCACAGCAGAGGCAGUGUGCACAGUUUACAAGCAGCUGCAUGAUAUAGUCCAUAACCCAACCCAUGGCUACACAGACCCCAGUUCCCUCCUGCCCAGUGACCCUGAGACAGUGAAAACCCUCCUCUCCUAGCAGGAAUGCACUGUUGUUGAUUUGUUGAAGGUUUUGUCCUGUGAGUGGUAGAGUGACAGAAUGCAUUUUUUUUUUUUUUUUUUUUUUUUUUUUUUUUUUUGUGUGUGUGUGUGUGUGUGUGUGUGUGUGUGUGUGUGUGUGUGUGUGGUGAGAGUAACAUUAGUUGGGUCAAUCUUUGGUCUUGUUCUUGAAUAUAUUUCUUCUUCUACUUGAUGUAGUUUAAAGAUAUGUUGGUUUAGAUUUUGAUAGAUUUUAUUGUGAAAUAUCUUAUAUAUAUGUGUAUCUCUAUUUCUGUUUGUUUGAUGGCAGUUCCAUUGGGAGUAUUUAUAUGAAAUGUUUACACAACCUAUUUGCUUUGCUUUGACUUGUUUCUUUCUGUUAAGAUUAUCAAUAAAAGUUAACCAUUUAUGAAGUUUGUAUCUAUGAUGCACUGCAAGUUAUCAAAGAGAAACUGUUGAGAGAAACUUCCUGAAUUAGUGUUAAUAAAUACUUGCAUAGUUAAGAGUGAA